UAAAUUUGACAAAAGUGACACUAAAUUUGAUAAAAGUGACACUAAAUCUGACAAAAGUGUACCCGAUGUACAGUAAAUUACUGAAAACCGGGUGUAUACAAAAGUUUUCCUUAUUGGUUUGAAUUUGAAGUGACUCACUUUUUGGUGGGUAAGGUUUUAAUUUGAAGGAUUUGGAAUGGUUUUUUUUUUGUUUCUUUGUGACUUUAUGGGAUAUAUUUGAUUAUUGAAAUUUUGAUUUGGUUGAACUACAUGGUAAUAUUGGUGUACAUGGAUUCUUGAUGACAUUGGCACUGUUUGUUUAUUUUGUAAUGUUGAUACGAGCAUUUUAGUACUCUCUUCGUUUUUAAAUACUUGCCACACUUUUCUUUUUUGGCCGUGUUUAGAUACUACCUCCGGUCCACUUUACUCGCAACUAUUUCCUUUUUGGGAUGGUCCAAAUUACUCGCAACUUUCCCAUUUCUUUCCUAUUUUAGUAAACUUAAUACUGUAAAAUUACCAUUAUACCCUUAUUUUAUAAAUUAAUCAACUUAGUUAUUUUAGUAACCUUAUCUGAUUAAUAAAAAGAUUGAUUAAUUUAAUUAAUCAUUCCCACCAAUUUUAUACCCCAACCCUUCAAAUUCACCAACUCCCCAACUGCCCCAAUUGAAUGCUCCUCAUUCAAUUCAUCUGAUGAAUUGGUUAGAGAUCAUUGAUUCUGGAGAAUUCUCCAGAAUAAAUCCCUCCCAACUAAACCCUAGUUCUUACUUUCUCUCUCUUCUCUCGCUGAUUUGAUUCGUCUCUCACUCUCUCUCUCUCUCUCUUUAAUUUACUUCUCGUUUUCUCUGAGUUCCUCCUUCAAUGGCUUCCUCAACUGACAAAACCCUAGAUCUAACUUGCAAUGAAACGCUUGAAAGUAGUGCAACUAGCCUUCGAUCUGGUUCUGUCACCUACAAACCUCGCCGUGGAACGGGUGUCCUCAAACCCAUUCGCCGCGCUUCAGUCAUUGCAAGGAGGCGGAUUCGAGGAGCCAAACUCGCUGACUAUGACAGCGACGAGGAGCCGCCUAAGCUGGUGUUUUCUGAGGCCGUUGGCCGUGAUGAACCACCGUCUGUGGUGGUUCCUGCUGGUGAUGGUUCCCAGGCUGCUGCGGUGGUUUCAGCUGGGGGUUCUAGGUCUCCGGUGACUGAGGUGGAGGUUUCAGCCACCGGAUCUGCUACAGCCGAGUCCCACCCUGUAGAUUUGGAGGUUUCUGAGGUGGCUCAGCCACCGGAGUCCUCUGAGCGUGCUGAUGGACCUUCCUCUGGCGCAAAACGCAUCAAAUCUGGUCCUCCAGAUGGCAUGUCGAGGAAGGAAGUGAUUAAGGCGUAUUUGCAGAUCUACUACCCUCAGUUCAACCCCCCUCGUAAUUGAUUGCGCAGCGUAUACUCUAUAAACCCUAAUUUAUUGUUUUCUGAUUCUCUGUGUUUGUGCAAUUGAUGUGCUGUUGAUGUGCAAUUGUGGAUACUCACUGUGAUUUGAUGCUUGUUGUUGUUGCUUGUGUGAGUUGGAUUACUUCAUUAGUUGAUGCAUGAAUUCACAGUUGUUUGGUUGUUUUUGGUUGUUGAGAAUGAGUCCCCUGCUGUGACCCUUAUGCAUUGAGAAUUCACAGUUGUUUGGUUGUUUGGUUGUUGAGAAUGAGUCCCCUCCUGUGACCCUUAUGCAUUGAGAAUUCACAGUUGUUUGGUUGUUUUUGGUUGUUGAGAAUUCACAGUUGUUUGGUUGUUUAAUGCAUUGAGUCCUUAAUUUGGUAAUGCACACCCCUUUUGGUUUUCCAUAUGAUGAUGGGACUCAUCUGAUAGCUACUUGGGUGGUUUGGAUGCUCCAUAAACCUUGCCAUAAAGGUUUGUGUUUAGGUACCAACACUCACUAAAGCUUUGACUGAAAUCUUAACCCUUCUGAUGGAAAUAAUAGGCUAUAAAUUGAAAAAAAAAACAGAGUGAAACAUGUCAUUUAUUUGUUAGUAAAAGUAUUUGUACUUGACUAAUUACAUGACUGCCUAAAAAAUAAACAAGUUGUAUCCACCAAAAGUACAUAUAACCUACACAUAAUCUUACACAAAAAGUUGUUUGAAUAGGAAAAGGUUAUAUGUGGCAGUCAAUUAUGAGUCCCUUAAUAGUUGCCUUCCUAAUGUAAGACACAGUAAUCAGUCUGCAUCUACUUCCAUGUGGCCUUCAUCAUCUCCUGUAAUUGUGACUGUGUCCAAAAAAUGAACAACUUCACCUAUUAGCUCCCUGUCUACAUGAAGUAGUUGAGGUAGUAGGCCUUGGCUGUACAAGCUUCUCUUCUUCAUGUGGGGGGGAUAGAAGUUAUUACCCCCUUGUUUUUCCAGAAUCUUAAUAAGGCAUGACUGAAGUGUGAUCCAUGUGUACUUGUUUAGUGUAGGAUCAAAUUCUUGAAAUGCUCUUGCCACUUCCUUGAUUUAGUCAUCUAGAUUCCUUGGAAAAGAUUGGUAUUGUAAUGAUUGAAUGACACUAAACAACCCUAAAUCUAACACAUUUGUUUCUGGUGACUGAGCAGGUUGGAAUAUGGAUUGAAUGUUGAAUCCAUUUGCAUGACAAGCUGCUUGAAAUUCUUCAUCCUUUGGUACUUGGUGAGGCCUGGCAUUAUCCCAUUGGAUGAUUAUGUCCUUUGGACUGCUUUUUGGUGAUGAAGUGGCGGCUGGUGGUUUUUGGACUGUAGUCAACAGAGCCUAUUGUUGAAGCUGCAUCUACUAACGUUGCUCACUGAUUUAGGAUUAAACUAAUCUAAGUUUAGAUGGCUUGUAAUUUGUUAGGGCUGCCUGUAUUUUGUACUACGUUUACUAAUUUCUGUGUUGGUGGUACUUGAAUUAUGCUUCCCCCCUCCCCCCUCCCCAAUUCUCCUAAAACUUGCCUUUUGAAAUUGGAGAAUUGGAAGGGAUGCCCUGGUUUAUAUAGGGCCUUUUGUUUGCUUUUAAUGGUAAAAUUUGAAAUUUG